CAAAUCCUCGGAGGCUGCUGACCAAUAGGGAGCAUAUUGCAGUUUUACCUUAUUCACAUGUCCGAUGUCGUCAUUGGGAAACCACCGUCGCACCGCUUCUGCUCCUCGUCCCUGACAGAAGAUGGACAACAGGCUCGGAGUCCGGACUGAUGCGUAAUGCAGCCAUCAACCGCCUGCAGUUGGUGCAGAAUGCUGCGGCCAGGCUGCUGACUAAAUCAGAGAGGAGUUGCCGAAUAAGUCCCAUCUUAGCCUUACUGCACUGGCUUUCGCAGGUCUCUUAGGUCUGGCAACCAGGGUCUUCUGGUUGUGCCUCCAACCAGGUGUAUAACCAGAGGUGACAGAGCCUUCCAGUCCGUUGCACCCAGGCGUUGGAGUACUCUUCCUCAGGACCUGAGAGACAAAAACAUCUUAAACAUACCUGUACAGGCAGGCUUUUAGAAAGAUCGACAUUGCAGCAACUUGAUGGAGAAAACUAAAGGAAUCCCUUUAAGAUGACACGCACAGACCUGCCUGACAUACUGGUAUCAACUGUGCAUCGAGAUAUAAAAGUGAUUCCCAUUUCUUCACACUACAAGUCUUUGCAACCCUCCAAACAAUGUGAUUUUAUAAAUCACUGCACUCUGGAGGACAGUAAGAUCAAAGUCAGUAAGAGGCACUGCCGAACCUUUGACAAUACGUUAUUGGAGUACCCCGAAUCCUGUGGAUACCUAAUGGAGUCCCCAUAUAGGAAGGCUGAUAGGCAGGCGGUCAACCCAGAUGUUGCCUGGAGUGCCUCGGGCCGCCAGCAGAGAUAUCGCUUUUCUGCUCCAGAUAUUUUCAGCCAUAGAUUAACUCCUCAGUCAGUUGUGACCGAUAUGGCUAGUGAAAUAGUUGUCCCUGAACAUAAAAGAAGGACCAGGUCAAAAAGUGCCCCUCGGGUUCAGACCAGUCUCACUCCUGUGUCUUUAGAAGGCUCCUCAUCUUCAAGAAGGAAAGGGCGAGAGUCUCAAAGGGCUUCAAGAGACUCUCGCUGGAGAACUGAAGCAUCACCGCGUAGGGAGUCAUCCUAUGCAGCAACAAGGGCUCAAAUGCAUGAAGUACAUCCCAUCAAACUGCAGCCUCAGAUUGGUGACAGCAGCAGAUAUUCACCUCAUUAUGCUUCUGAUAAGAUUGAGGAUGGAAGCCUGGAUAAACCAGCAACUAGCCCUCAUGUAAGGUGCCGUGUGGAUAUUAUGCCUGAUGAUGCAGCAUUACAUCAUUCAGGACGGAAACAGACCUCAGCUCACAUCGACAUACCUUGGCAGCGGCAGCACAGUGCAGGAAGUAAGAGUCUGACGGUGCCACGACAUUUUUCCUACUCAAGAACUCCAACUCCCACCGACUCACUGGGAACAGAAAGUAGGCAAGCUUAUCAAUAUUCUCGUAGCAUGCCAAACAGUUACCUACAACAGGCAGAACUUCCCUUACAAAGAAUGGCUUCUUCAGGGGAUUAUUACGGAAGGGAACGGCGAGCUCACUCCAGCCCUAAUGUGCCAACCAAGUUCUUUUAUGCAGAUGAGCCAGGGAGAUAUGUAACUACCGCCCCUCCACAGCCAAGUUAUUUUCACGAUGAACCUUACACGCCAGGUCAAGCAUAUACUCCAAAAGUGCAGUAUGUGCAAGAUCCUAGGACUCGAAUGGUGCAUGCUGUAGCUACGAGACCAUAUUAUCCCGAGAUGGAGCCCUAUCCAUAUUCUGUGCAGACAGGAUACCCCAAACCCUAUGCAGCAAAUGAGCCAGGGCCGUACAUCAUAAGGACACCUCCAACAAGAAUAGUUUAUGCUGAUGAUCCAAGGUCUUAUCAAAUCCAGACUGCUCCACCAAGGUUUAAUUACGCCAGUGACAUGUAUAUGCCACCAGAGCACCAUGUUCCUGCAAGGGCAUACUACACUGAGGGCCGACGACACGCUAGAGUCAUCCAGCCUCCAGCAGAUGACUGGUAUGGCUCAGAUGCUUCGGGUUAUUCUACCAAUCCUGCCUCUUAUGUUUCUCAAGUUACUCCAACCAGAGUUCGACAAGACCCUGUCUUAGCUCCAUGGUAUGCCAACCCAUGUGUAGAACCUCAAAAGAUUGGCACAGACUCAAAAUCUUACUCUAGGUCCUGGGACAAUAUUCUCAAUUCACGUGUAGAAAGGGAACAGCCACUCUCUGUACAAAGAGGUCAGAGUUAUGAUGAUCUUCUUGACUCCAGGAAGCCUUCCACAGCCUUAGAUGACAAACCACAGCCAGUGGUAGUCAAUCUUUCUAGUUCGCCAAGACGAUACGCAGCUUUAUCAAUGUCUGAUAACUCACUUAUUGAUAAAAGCCCCACCGAGACAUCUAAGAGCUCUAGCAAACUCUGGUUCGUCACUCCUGAGAUAACCAUCACUGAUAAUGACAUCAGACCAGGGAAUCUUAUUAAGAGUGAAGGACGAUCUGCCAGUUGGGACAUUCUUGAUUCCAGAAGCACAGAGGGUCCAGAAGUUUUUAGGCGUGAUUAUGAAAGCUCAACCAAAGAGAAGACCCAUGACAAUGCCUCACUUCAGCAAAGCCUUGAACAGCUUGAUGAGCUUCUGGCAGAUCUUGUGACUGACUACAAGCCACCCAGUAGAAGAGCAAGUGAGGACAUUCUGGACCAGUUAAAGAAGCUGAUUGAUGAGGAGGAGAAGGUAUCUCUGUCCAGGAAAAGCUCAAAGACUGGCACCGAGGAGCCCCCUCCCCUGGACAAGCAGCCAACCUCAAUCAAAAUUAACCCUGAUGCUUUUUGUGAUAUGGAUGGAGCAAGUGAUGCCAUGAAGAGUGCAGAGGAGUGCUCCCCAGAUCAGAGCCCCGAUGAGGAUGACACAAUGAUGUGCUCUAACAACAGAUGUCGAAGAACAGAGACCCUCUUCAAUGCUUGCCUAUAUUUUAAAUCCUGCCACAGCUGUUACACCUACUACUGCUCUCGCAACUGCCGCAGGGAGGACUGGGACAUUCAUAAAGAAAGCUGCUUGUAUGGAAGAAUUGGAAGCACAUGUCGUCACAUUAUAAAACACUGCCGGGAGACUGUUGAAGUCCAUAAAGCCUUCUCCCGCAUUGCCAAAGUUGGCUACCUCUCUCGAGGUAGGGGAGUUCUCUUCCUUGGUUUUCCAAACCCCUCAUCCUCCAGUAACUUCCUGCAGUAUGGCCUGGAUAGUUUGGUUAUGUCUCCUACAUAUCUAUCCCUCCGAGAGCUUGAAAGCUUCAAGGACAAUCUGGGCGAGUACUGUAAGGAGCUUCAGGAAGCGGGUAAAGAGUAUGACCCAAAUGAAUGUUUCAUCUUGAAUGUAUCCAUUGCUGUAGGCGAGCAGUUGCCUGACGGGCCAUCACCAAGGAACCAAGCUCCAACAGUUAGAAAAUAUGCAAAGGUCGCACUGGCUUCCUUUAGCCCAGAGAGAAAGGUUCAUAAGAAAGAGAGUGACAUGGAAACCCUGAUCCUUACUCCACCGCCAGGAACAGCAGAUAUAGACAAAGAGGGCGAGGAGGGUCGCAAGGCAAGGGAAAUCUGUUUCAUCAAUAUACAGCGAGAGUUAAGGAUUCGAGGAGUUUUCCUACGCCAUGAGUACCCUCUGGUCUAUCAGCAGCUCUGUGAGUUUGUGGAAAAUAACCGACGGUUUACGCCCACAACUAUUUAUCCAGUUGAUAAGAGGACUGGUAAACAGUUCAUGUGCAUGAUUAUGGCUGCCUCGGAGCCCAGGACGUUGGACUGGGUGGGCACUCCACAUCUCCUUGACGACAUUAUUUAAG